ACUCGCUUCCCCCCCCAAAUUGGGGGGAGCAAAAUUGAGGGUAUUGAGUGGUAUGUGGUGGAAUUGGUUCCAUUGGAUUCCAUCCUAUUCCAUCCACUUUUUAAUAAACCAAACAAGGGAUCCCUUCCUCCAUCCCUUCCAUUCCAUCCCGCUCCAUCCCCCUCCAUCAAUCCAAACGAAGCCUAAGAUAGAUUCGGGGGGUAAAGUAAAACCCCGUUUCACCGAUCCAACGCUCACGUUAUUAUCGUUUCCAAAACCAAGAAACAAAGGUCAAGAUUCUCAACAAAAUCAACCAAUCCUUUCAAUUCCGAUUGCCGAAUCAAUUCCAGAAUCGCUUCAUCAAUGACGGAGGAUAGCAGCGUUAGGGUUUCUUCUUCCGAUGAAGCCUCCGCUGCCAACGACGCUUCACAAGCAAGGCAGAGGAGAAAGAAGAGAAAGUGGGAUCAGCCGGCAGAGCCUUUGAGCAAUGCUUCUACGCCUCUUGGCGGGGUUGCAUUUCCGGGUGUAGCUCCGGUGGUCACGGGAGCACUUUUGACGAAUCCAUUGGCUGCUUCAGUUCAGCUUCAGCAGCAGCAAACUGCUGUCACUGCAGCCCAGAAAUUGACUCAACAAAAGAUCCAAGAUGAAUUAGUAAUUGCUCGAGAAAUCAUCAUAAAUGAUGCGGAGUCUUCUAUUCGUUACAAGUUGACGAAACGCCAAACACAAGAGGAGAUCCAGAGGUGCACUGGUACUAUAGUUAUAACUAGAGGGAAGUAUCGACCGCCUACUGCACCGCCUGAUGGAGAGAAGCCGUUGUAUCUUCAUAUCUCUGCAGGAGCUCAUAUAAAAGAGACGGCGGAACGGAUUUUAGUUGUUGAUCGUGCUGCCGCAAUGAUUGAAGAAAUGCUAAGACAGGGGCAAAAUUCACCGUCGAUUUCUACUGCAUCACCUUCAGCUUUGGCUAAUGGAGUGACGAUGCCGAGCGCAUGUGUGUUUUUGGGCUUUGAUGCUGACCCAUCAUUGAACAUUGUUGCUCGUAUACGUGGGCCAAAUGACCAGUAUAUAAAUCACAUUAUGAAUGAAACAGGAGUAACAGUUACACUGAGAGGGCGUGGUUCAGGAAAUGAUGAAUGCAUGAGUGGAGAAGAUGGACAACAGCCUAUGCAUCUGUUUUUGUCAAGUAACAAUUUGAAAAGUCUUGAAGAUGCUAGGUGUUUGGCUGAAAAUCUUUUGGAUACAAUCAGUGUGGAGUGUGGUGCUUCGAGGGUUCCAUCAUGUAAGGUUUAUAGUGCUGUUCCACCUCCACAGCAGGCAUAUACUGCUGUUCCCCCUCCACAGCAGGUAUAUACUGCUUUUCCACCACCCCAGCAGGUUUAUAAUGGCCCUUCAUUGUCAAAGCAGAUUUCUACUGCCAUUUCACCCCCGCAACAAGUUUAUAGAGCUGUUCCACCCCCGCAGCAGUUGUUGGCUGGAGUUCAGAGUUCUGGAGUUGAGCUAGAGGGAAUUGCAGGCCUAACCACAAAUUCGUUGUCAUCAAAUGUGGCCCCAACACCAGUUCCACCAGCUUCCUUGAUUGGAGUACCUGGUGUCGCCACUACCCUUAUGUCAGCGACUAUGUCACAAUCUACAGGAUAUUUAAGCUCCGGGCCUCAAGCAAACAUGAUUGGUUAUACUCUCCCUUCGGUAUCAGGUGGCACUAGCUAUAUUGGAUAUGGUGGAAUAUAUCCUCAAGCUACCCCAAUGCAGCAAGUUGCCCUUGCCCUGCGACACUCGCCUCCUGUUGCUUCAACCGUCGCUCCCACAACAUCGACAUCAAAUGGAGAAUCCAAGUCAACCACAAGCUCUAAUCCUGAAAAGGAGAGACGGCAACCUCAGAGGCGGAAGUUUCAAGAAUUACCAGUUGGUUCAAAGAGCACAACAAAACUCAAUCAGGUAUUUUCUCUGACCUUCUAUGAAGCUAAUAGGCUGACACUGGACCUGUCUGUUGGGCUGUUGGUUUGAAUGUUUGACAGGGUUUUCAGUUCUGAAGGACUUAUGAGGGUGCUUGUGGCUUCACAGCAUAUGCCCUUUCGCAAUCCAACUGUUAUUCUGGUUUUUUUGCUUUCAUUGGUAAACAUGCUGCAAAAGAUGUUGCAGCAUGCUUGGGCCAUGCCUCCAGUCCUGCAUGUAUAGGCUGCCAGCACCAAAAACACUAGAUUAGAGAAUGAGAUGUCACCAUAAAAAUAAUAAGUCAAGGAAUAAAGUUAAUGGCAUGUGAGUGAAAUGCAUGGAAAUGAUAAAACUUUUUAUAUUCUGGUUAUACAUUCGAAGGAAACUAACUUCUAAUAUUUUUAAAACUAUGGUGCUGUCAACCUUGUCCUAAAGGUGAUAAGAUAAAACCAUCUCCCUUAAAAUUGUUGCCUUCCUCUAUAGCCAAUUACCGCCUCGAGAUGCAAAAAUCUCACACCUCCUUGAAGUCUGGGUAGACUUAAUUCUACGUCCCUUGCAGUGAUUCAUUAAAAAUCCUUCUUUUGUGCUUCCAAUAUACCAAUCACUCAUAAAAAAACUCAGGUUUUUUUGGAAGAUUAACUUACCCUGAUUUUUGACAAAUAUGCGUCAUUUGGCAUUGGCGCUCAAACCUUUUUAUUGGGAAAACUUUACCUGCAGAUGUACAGUUCGCCAAUAACUCUAGGAAGCAUGAGCCACCACAACAAAUACCUAUGAUCCUUCUAUUUUAAUUGUAUUCAUUAUCUAUUUGCACAAUUGGAAGUCUACUAACUUUCUGUACUUCUGGCUGUUAUGCAUGUCGACAUUAGAACACGUUAGAAUGAUACACAGCUAACAAGUUGUCUGUUUAUCCUACCUUAUAUUGCUUUAUGUAUUUAUUUUUCUUGAUUUUCAGUCUUUAUUGACUUGUAAUUUUUGGCGUGUUGGAAUAUUUUAGUAAAUUAUCUGAUUCAGAAGUUGUCUGGAUUUUUGUUUUCUCCCACUCUAACUCAAUUGCAGGGAUUGGAACCUCUUAGACCUAAUGAACAAUCUGAUGAUCUGGUUUUGAGGAAUACAUCGAAUAUGCCUGCUCCUAGGAAGUUGAUGCAGUCCAAUGGAAUGGCACCACCUCCGCCAAGAACUAUGCCUCCACCACCUCCA